AUGGUGAACUUCAUCAUCCCAUCAUACCAGUUAAAGACUGAUGAGCAUGAAGAUACCGCUGUUCUGUCAGUUGUUAGAAACGAACAACUCUCAGUGUUACAUCAAUAUCUUCAUAUGUUUUCGCUAGAGAUGAAGAUAUGGAUGAGCAAUAGGAUUGGGACCAAAAAGGUGUCGUGGGAUGAGUUCUUGGUAGUGGACUUGGGUGAUUUUAUGAUAGGAGAUUUGGUAAAUGUUGUAAGUUUCGUUUUGGAUGUGGAUAAUAGAGUGGCAGUUUGUUGUAGUAUAGGCAAGGAUAAUAGUAAAGAAGAGUGUACCAGCAUUUUCAUUAUUGGAAAGAAUAUAUAUAGACAUGUCUAUGGUGAAGGGAUUAUAGAUGGAUCAUGGCCACAUCUCAUGAAUUAUUUUCCAAGUUCGGUUCACAUUUUGAAGAAGAGUACGCGCAAAGGCAAAAGGAAACGAAUUACAAGGAGGCAUGAACCGGAUGUCAUCUCUGCAAGAAGCGUCAAGGAAACGAAUGUGACAGCCAUAGCCAAAGCCAAACAAGUUCCUAAGGUUGCUUUGAAUGUCCCAAAAAGGUCUAGUAAACGAAAAUGA